AUAUAAGUGACAGGAGAGUGUGGGAGACAGAACAGAGCGACUCACACUCACUGAGCAUGGCUGAACUAUACAUCUCUCUGCUGGUGGCUGCUCUCUGCAUUGGCACAGCUGUGUCCCUGCAGUGCUACACAUGUGCUUCUGUCACAAGCAAUGCCAACUGCAUGACCACAACAAACUGCAGCUCAAACAACACCUACUGUCAGACUAGUGUUGCUUCUGCUUUGGGUUUAUCAGUUAUCAAUAAAACCUGCAGUUCCAGUUGUACUUCAGCAUCUGCCAGUUUUGCUGGAUUCUCUUCUUCAGUUUCCUGCUGCAGCUCCGACCUGUGUAACGUCAGCGGCUCCUCUGCUGUAAAAUACAGUUUCCCUGCGCUGGGCCUGUCCCUCGGCUUCCUAUUGGUCCUGCUCAGAAGCUCCGCCCUCUGAUGCCCCUCCCCCCGGGCUGCACUGACAUAUGAGCAUUAUUGCCCCUUGUAUUCCAACCUCAUUCAAUAAACAUAAUAUGGUGUAA